GUCGGUUCAAAAUGUAGUAGUAUUAGUAUAUAUAGUUAGUUAUGGUACUACUAGCCAGACCGCGAGCAAUGCUGCACUUUGGAGGUCGACUAGUACUACAAGUGUUUGACAUGGAUGUGUUGGCGUGUAGCUAUAACGAUAGGGUGCGACAACAUCACACACAUGGUUAGGACCACCACCAGCGCAAAGAUCUGGCCUCGCCAUUCCAUCCAAAUCACAAGCGUGGCGGCGGCGCCCACGACAAGCACUGUCGCAGGUGAUACAUUCCUCGAUAGCGAUGUUACAGCUUCAUGGUCUUCGACGGGCUUAGCAGUCGUCGCCCUGCCAUCCCUUUCAUCGGUGGCGCAGUUCUCUCGGCUUUCCGACGCACACAGAUUGCACAUGCGUAAGACUUGCCAUUGUUUGGUCUUGACGGCGUGCCUUGCGCAGUCCCCGCAGAAUAUCCGAUGGCAGACCACACACCGAUGGCGGCUGUAGCCAUGCUCGACGUCUUUACUGCAGGUUGUGCAGAUUGAUGUGGGGGUGGAGCUCUCCGGCGCUGCCACGUCGUGUUUGUCUCGAAGUGGCGCAGCAACGACGAGGGUGGUGUCUGGAACGUGACUUGACGUGCCAUACAAUCGCUGCAGAUGUUGCACUACAGCGGCCAUAUCUUCUGCUUUCCGACGGACGAGCGGCGCGGCGGCCCCAUGGAGGUUCACAUGGCGCAGGGCAGUGACUGUACAUGUAGACGCACUAAUUGGUCGCAGGAUAAAGCCAGUAAUAUGCAUUUCGCCCCGGACGUAGGCGGCGUUGGGCGGCACUGCAGGAUGCUCGAUCGAUCGGGCGGCCAGCACAAUCACUCCUUGGGGCAGCCGCCGCUCAGCCGUGAGUACGCAGAACUCGCGCGCGGUGGCGGGAAACAAAGGUACGCCCUGCCAGAAUUGGAUGGUCGUGAAGGACGGCAUGUCCACCUCCUCCACCACGCGACUGCUCAAGAUCGUCAUGUCGUACUCCCGGAGGCGCACUGGGUCUUUCAGUUUGUUGGCCAAGUGGACUGCCGAACAAGCCACUUGGCCAGUGGCUUUGACUGCGCGGACGCUGUACCCAGGGACUUUUCCUGUCGAGAACGACACUGUCGAGUCCUGACGCGACGAGGACGUAUGUGGCGUCCACACGGACCCGUCGUGGCCGCUUUCUCGCGCCAACAACUUGUCGAUGGUGUCGACCCCAAGCUGCAUCAACUCGUCUGCGUCCUGCGUUACACUGCGGUGGAAGCCGGGGAUCACUAGUGCCUUGGGAAGUUUCGAAGAACGCGAUGUAGCAGGAGGGCGCCGUGGCGUCGCCAUAGCUUGACCAGCCAUGGUCGUCAAUGGAACUCGGAGGAAGGAUUUAUCGACACGCG